AUGAGUCUUCCUCCCUUUGAAAAGGCCGACUUCAAACUGACCGAUAUUCCAGACCCUACUUGGCAACCGGGAUCUGGAGCAACCAAUAACGAAUGGGCUAAACAUAAAAAGGUUGAACUAGAUCCCUAUGCUGAGGGCCGUCUGCCUUUCGAGAACUAUAAACUUCUGGUGAGUGCCGUCACGCCUCGUCCGAUUGGAUUCAUAUCAACAGUCGGGAAGGAUGGCACAAGAAACCUCUCUCCAUUCUCGUAUUUCGGUGUCAUGAACCACGAUCCGCCUGUUUUCGCGAUCGGGAUAUCGGGCGCUACGGGAAAUCUUAAAGACACUUGCAAAAACUUGCAAGACACAGAGGAAUGCACCAUUAAUUUGAUCAGCGAGUGGUUCAUCGAGGCUGCCAAUUACGCAUCUAUAGAUGCUCCUUACGAUGUUAAUGAGUGGAAGCUAGCAGGUCUUACACCGGCCGAAUCUUCCAAAGUCAAGCCGCCUCAUGUUGCCGAGAGUGCUUUCUCCAUUGAAGGUAAAGUGAUCCACACACACUACUUCAAGUCAAAGAAAGACCCUUCCAAGGGUUCUGGAACAACCUUUUUAGUGGAAGGAGUUAAUUUCCAUAUUCGUGAAGAUAUUGCAGAUGAGAAAUUCACUACAGUGGACAUCAACAAGUUGAAGCCAAUUGGCCGUCUUGGAGGAAGUGUCUAUGCUCGUGUUUUGCAAGGAUUCGAUAUUCCAAGGCCGGAUUUCAAGACUGAAAUUUCAGAGCACCCAGAAGUUUCCAAAUUGCUUUGA